CUGCUCUCAUCAUUAACUACACCUCCCGUGGAUUUCAGCGUUUAUUUUUAUUCCACUCUCUUUUUUUUUAUUCAUUUAUUUUCAAAUUCCAUUCAUCCCCGCGUACACAAGCAAGAAUCACUUGAUUCUAAUCAAUAAAUAUUCACAUCUGAUCAACACUUGCACCACUCAACAUUAUAUAGCUACUCAAAAAAGUUUUGAUUUUUAUAUUAUUCCUCGUAUGCAUACCUUGUCUUGCAAGUUCUAUACUCCUCCUCCUUUCUCGAAUCUCGAUGCGACUAGUAAAGGCACAUUUUUAUAGAUAGGUUUGCUGCUACAUUUAUGUUAUUAUGUGAGGUGUAAUCAAGGGGUUUUGUGCGUUCGAGAUGGGAUCCUAUAUUAGGAGGAGCUGAUUUCUGUUAAAGUGUUUGAUGUUUUGCUUCACAGAGUGAGAGUGUAGUUACAAAAGGGUAGAAUCCUAGGCAGUUUAUUUCAAGCACCCAACUGUUUGAGUUUUUUAAAUUUUUUACAAAAGGGGUUACAAAAGAUUUGAUCUUUUCACGGCCCUUUGUUAUAUAUUUCCCAAUCCACAAAAAAAUUCAUAUUUCUUGAGCAUGCAAGAAAGAAGAAAAUUUUGGGAUUUUGGGUGAAGAUGAAGAAUAAGGAGUUGAACAGCAAUGUUGAUGCAGAAUUUGGUGAGGUGUUGAAGAAGAAGGAAAGGCAUAUAGUUUCUUGGAGUCAAGAGGAAGACGAUAUUCUGCGUGAGCAGAUUCAUUUACAUGGCUCUGAAAAUUGGGGAAUUAUUGCAUCAAAAUUCAAGGAUAAAACUACGAGACAAUGUAGGAGAAGAUGGUUCACUUAUUUGAAUUCCGAUUUCAAGAAAGGAGGUUGGUCGCCGGAGGAAGACACGCUCUUGUGCGAGGCGCAAAGGGUUUACGGGAACAGAUGGACCGAGAUAGCAAAGGUGGUUUCAGGCAGAACCGAUAAUGCUGUGAAGAAUAGAUUCACCACUCUCUGCAAGAAAAGGGCGAAGCGAGAAGCCCUGGCGAAGGAAAACAGCACCACUUCUUAUGUCAACUUGAACAACAAAAGGGUUGUUUUUCGGAAUGGGCUCAAUUCGAAUGAAGGAUCUGAGAAUGCUCUUAAGAAGAUAAGGGCUUGUAUCUCAACUAUUGCAGAAAACUGUAAAGGAGGAGAGAAUAUAGAUCACUUGAAGGAGGAAUCUGUUGUUAAAUGUGUGGGAAGCGAAUUCGCACAAACGUUUCUUAGAAAGGACGAUCCGAAGGUGCUUGCAUUGCUGCAGCAAGCAGAACUUCUCAGUUCUCUUGCAAUCAAAGUCAAAGCAGAGAAGACAGAUCAGAGCCUUGAAAAUGCUUGGAUGGUGCUUCAAGAUUUUCUGAAACAUAGCAAGCAAAGCCAACAACUGCUUAAAAUCACAAAUGUUGAUGCUGAUUUUCAUCUAGAGAAGUUCAAGGCGUUGGAGGAGGGGAUAAGAAGCUCUGAUGAAGGCAGUAGGUCAUCGCGGAGGGAGGUCGACGUGUACGAGUCAUCCCCAGCGAGCUCUGAGUAUAGCACAGGAUGGACGCUUGUCUCUGAUGUGCCACGCGACGAAAGGGGAGAAUGUGAGGAAGAAACUGCCGCAUUGCAUCAAGAAAAGAUGGAUCAACAUUGUGUUUCUGUGACAAGCACAGAAAAUGAAGCAUUUGAAGAAACAAAUGUGAAAAAAGGUGAUAAAGAUGAAUUCAGUUCUCCUACUCAUGUGACACCACUAUUCAGAGCACUAGCAGCAACAAUUCCUAGCCCAAAAUUUUCAGAAAGUGAAAAGCACUUCUUGAUGAAAACUCUAGGACUGGAGUCUUCGUCUCAGAGCACAGUCGCGAAUCCUUCUCAGGCACCAUCAUGCAAGAGGUCCCUCCUCCAUUGUCUAUGAUCAAUCACCAAGGCAUCAGAAUAACCUUUUUUCGUGUAGAGGUCUUCUGUUUCAUCGUUUAGGAGUUGUUUGUUAUUGGGUUGCAGCCAUUUCGACCUGUGUUUUUUACAGAUAGGCCCGCGAAGAUCUGCCUUCUUACUGCCUAGAAUGCUAAGAAGCACUCCAGCUUCUGAAGAUCGAUCUUCGUGAUCUGCAUCCUCGUGUUCUUCUCUUCCUAGUCUUGUUUUUUUAUAAUGUUAGUUAUUUAUUUGUUUGCCUCAUCAUGGAACUUGGAUAUAUGGACAUCCACUGUUCCAAUUGGCUACAUAAGCCUUAUUGUAUAGAUGUAACAAACAUAGAAUUCUUAGUUCUUUUGUGUAACUAUAUAAUGGCACCUCGCCAUGUGAAUUGAUAUGUAUUUGUAGUGAAAAUAUUCUCUUCAACA